CCAUUUCCUCUUUAAAACAGGAUGUGGUAUUCUAGGGGGUGACAACAAGCGCAGCAUUGAUUUCCUCCCCACAACAAUAAGAGAAGAGACGAAUAACAACAGUUACUAUCAAACCGCCGCAGAAAGUCACGCAAACGUUACGCAAACGUUGAUUUGUGCAGCGCCGCGGUUUGCAGCCAUGCUGUCGGAUGCAGAUUAUUCUGGGAAUGCCUCUGGUGCCCGCAGAGCCAGGAAGAGGAGCUCCGGGGAGUCACCGGGAGACGGACAGACCCUGCGCUCCUCCGGGCGGCAGAUUAACGUGAGGGUGAAGCGCACCAACAACCCUCCACCUGGACAGAGCAAAAGAAAAGCCACAGACACCGAGGAGGAAGACGACCAGUCCGAGAAGAAGUACAGAAAGUGUGAGAAGGCCGGAUGUUCGGCCACUUACCCAGUUUGUUUUGCAAGUGCAUCUGAAAGGUGUGCUAAAAACGGAUACACUUCUCGCUGGUAUCAUCUGUCAUGUGGUGAGCAUUUUUGCAACGAAUGUUUUGAUCACUACUACAGAAGCCACAAAGACGGUUAUGAGACCUUCGCUUCGUGGAAAAAGGUGUGGACUAGUAACGGGAAAAGUGAGCCCAGUCUUAAAGCUUUCAUGGCAGAUCAGCAGCUUCCAUUCUGGGUUCAGUGUACUAAACCGGACUGUAGGAAGUGGCGUCAGCUGACCAAGGAGAUCCAGCUCACUGCUUCCCUCGCAGCGACGUACCGCUGUGGAAUGAAGUUCAACAACAUCAAAAGUGAAGGUCCGGACCAGUGCUCCCAACCAGAGGACUUGAGAGUGGCCGAGGUGACCGACAGCUGGUGGCAUUCGAUGUUGAUUUUGCCGCCGUUGUUCAAAGAGAGCCCGGCCAGCCCUUUCCUCGCCGCCUACUAUCCUGACUGUGUGGGGAUGAGUCCGUCAGGAUCGGCCAGCAACGCGUCUCUGACGGAGCUGAGGGCGGAUCACUGCAGAGCUGUCCAGCCACAAAUUCCAGGCCUGUGUCCGUACUUCCAGCCUUUCUACCAGCCUAAUGAGUGUGGCAAGGCUCUGUGUGUGCGGCCGGAUAUGAUGGAGCUGGACGAGCUUUACGAGUUUCCAGAAUUUUCCCGUGAUCCCACCAUGUAUUUGGCUUUGCGUAACCUUAUUCUGGCCUCCUGGCACAGGAACUGUAAGGAGGUGCUGACCGCCCAGAAAUGCGCUCUGCACAUCAUCGUCCGUGGGUUGGUGCGCGUGCGCUGCGUGCAGGAAAUGGACCGGGUGCUUCACUUCAUGACCAGGAAGGGCCUCAUCAACACCGGCGUGCUGGCAGUGAAACGGCCUCUGCUGCCCGAGAGAUUCUGCUCUAGGAAUGUGAUCAUCAUCGGUGCCGGGGCGUCGGGGUUGGCUGCUGCACGACAGCUGCAGAACUUUGGCAGUCAGGUGAUGGUGCUCGAGGCACGGGAUAGAAUUGGAGGUCGUGUUUGGGACGAUACUUCUCUCGGCGUCACCGUAGGGCGAGGAGCUCAAAUUGUAAACGGCUGUGUGAACAACCCCAUCGCACUGAUGUGUGAACAGGUGGGCAUCAAGAUGCACAAGCUGGGCGAUCGGUGCGACCUCUUUCAGGAGGGCGGCCAGGCCACCGACCCGGCCAUUGACAAACGCAUGGACUUCCACUUCAACGCUAUCUUGGACGUGGUGUCAGAGUGGAGGAAGGACAAGUCGCAGAACCAGGACCUACCGCUGAGAGAAAAAGUCCAGGAGGUGAAGAAGAACUUUCUUCAGGAGUCGGGAAUCCAGUUCAGUGAGUUGGAGGAGAAAGUUCUUCAGUUUCAUCUCAGCAACCUGGAGUACGCCUGCGGGAGCACGUUAGACCAGGUAUCAGCACGAUCCUGGGACCACAAUGAGUUUUUUGCCCAGUUCUCAGGAGACCACACUUUACUCACCAAAGGCUACUCGGUGUUACUCCACAAACUGGGCGAGGGACUCGACAUCCGCACAAAGUGCCCGGUUCAGGCCAUCGAUUACUCAGGUGAUGUUGUCAAAGUGACUUCCAACGGGUCCCAGUGGACGGCACAGAAAGUUCUUGUUACAGUCCCCUUAACUUUACUUCAGAAGAACAUGAUCCAGUUCAACCCUCCACUUCCUGAAAGGAAACUGAAAGCGAUCCACAGCCUGGGAGCCGGCAUCAUAGAGAAGAUCGCUCUUCAGUUCCCGUACAGAUUCUGGGACAACAAAAUCCAAGGGGCAGAUUAUUUUGGUCACAUACCACCAGGUCCUGACAAGAGAGGCAUGUUCAGUGUGUUCUAUGACAUGGAGCCACAGGGGAAGCAGGCUGUCCUCAUGUCUGUUAUUACCGGUGAUGCUGUCCCUGCUGUCCGGGACAUGGAGGACAAGGAGGUGGUGGAUGAGUGUAUGAAGGUCCUGCGUGAACUUUUCAAAGAGCAGGAGGUCCCGGAGCCGCUGCAUUUCUUCGUCACACACUGGAGCAAAGACAUGUGGUCCCAGAUGUCCUACAGCUUUGUGAAGACGGGUGGAAGUGGAGAGGCCUACGACAUCCUCGCUGAAGACGUGCAGGGAAAAGUGUUCUUUGCCGGCGAGGCCACCAACAGACAUUUCCCUCAAACUGUGACAGGAGCCUACCUGAGCGGGGUCAGAGAAGCCAGCAAGAUGGCUGCUAUGUAAACUCUGUCAGCUGCAGAGCGCUCAAACACACCAGCAUACACACACGGGUUGUACAGAGAAACAGACCGUUCAACAACUCGGGACUGCGUUACCUGAAUCGCUCCACCUGAAAGGAUAUCCGGACUGUGAUGUAUCUGAUCAGUGAGCCAAUAGCAGGAUCAAGUAGCGCUUCUCCAGGGCCUGGCUCUACAUAUUUAACACAUAAGAAAGUGCUUUUUUAUUUAUAUCUAAACUCCAGCUGACAAAUUGUUUGUUGGUGACAUGAUGCAAAAAAAAACUUAACAGCAAAGCAUGAAUAACAGAUGAUCCCUGUGCAGCUCUACUUUGGUCCACUUCGCUGGAAAGCUGUUAAAUGUUGAGUUUAAUGAGUGGUGUACGUAGCACUUCUGUGACGAAAUGGUCAAGAAAUUUCAUUUCUGAGAGAUUAGGGUGCGUGAAACAUUAGUAAAUACUUCACACUUCAAGUUUGAUCAUGUUUAAACAGAUGACAUUGAUUAAAUUAAGAGGUAUGUACCAAUGUUUCACACAACCGUAAUGGAUUUGCGUAGUGUUGUAUGUGAUUUAUGUGUUGGUACAAGUGGUGAUGAGAAAUGGGUGAAAGGUUAGAUAUAUAAAUAUAUAGUAGGAAUACUUCUGUGACAGCACUUUUGAUUUAAAAUGAUUCUUUGAUUUAAAAACUAAGUAAAGAAAUGAAUAGUUCAUGUGUAGGACUGAGUAUGAUCAGAAGACACCAGAUUGUCCCUUAACUGUCUCAGGGAUGUGAUCAAAACAACAACACCUUACAGAAGAUUAAAGAAGAAAAUACUAACUGAAUAUGAUUGAGGAAAAACUCCUGAGGUUUGGGGUCGGGAAACAGCACAACAAUGUCCUCACUUUGUUUGAUUCAUGUUAACUAAUGAAGCUUUACAUGUAGCUCCUCAUAUCACUGUCUGUGUCUGUACAUCUAGAUGAUCAUGUCCUGUUUGUCCAUCGUUACAGUGCUUGAAUAUUUAUCAUGUAUGUGUGUAAUAAACUGAGCUAUCAACUGCCA